GAGACGGACUGAGAGGAGAAGAGCUGGAGGCUCUCGAUGACCUAUUUCUCAGUUAGCUGUGUAGUAGCUGAUAUUGACUAUAACGCAGAUCCUGGUGAGAAGCAGUUGAGUGAGCGGGCGGAGGCAGGAGUCCCAAACAAACAGGUGGAUAUAUCAGAUUGUGUUUCUGAGCUCAAUUUUUCUACAGAGGAAUCAUGGCAGGUCAGAGAAGAGUUCAAUCUGUGAAGAAGUCUUCUGUUCCUGGGGUAACAAUCACACAGUUUGUGGAGGAUAUUCCUAAAGGGUGUAGCACUCCUGACUUUGAACGGAAGCCAAUUACCUUAACAUUACAGGAAGGUAAAAAUGCCAUUUUCCGAGCAGUGGUCAAGGGGGAACCAAAACCAGAGGUGGUGUGGAAGCGCAAUAAUACGAGCAUUGAUGAUCCUCAAAAAUACCAGAUAACAUUCAGUCCUGCAUCGAACGAGUUCAUCUUACAGAUAAACAAAAUCACUGCAGAUGAUGCUGAUUUAUACCGUUGCACUGCUGUGAAUGAGUAUGGGGAAGCCACGUGCACUGCCGGCCUCAAGAUUAUACAGGUUGGAUUUAAGAAGAAAACAAAGGAGGCAUCUUCUGCACGUCAGGGAGACCUGAAGAAAGAGAUUCAGGAUUUCAGAAAAACACUAAAGAAACGAGCACCUUCGGUUCUUCCAAAGAAGGAACUUGACUCGGAACAAGUCUGGCAAUUGUUGCUUCAUGCGGAUAAGAAAGAUUAUGAGAGAAUUUGCUUGAAAUAUGGCAUUGUUGAUUUCCGUGGGAUGCUGAGGAAGCUUCAGGAGAUGAAGAAGGAGAGAGAAGACAAACAAGCCCAGUAUAUCUCCAGUAUCACAAACCUGAAGCAUGUCAGAGUCAAUGAGGAAAAAGGAAAUGCUUCAUUUGAUCUAGAGAUGGAACUGAAAAAUCCAGAAAGCAGAAUUUACCUGUACAAGGAUGGCCAGAUGAUCCAUUUUGGAUUUGACAGUGACAAUGCGAAGCAUUGCCUCAGGAAGGUUGGCAGGAAGUACAAUUUCAUCAUCAACAAUGUGCAGCCAGAAGAUGCUGGCGUGUAUCAGAUCAAAGUGGAGGAUGUUGAUAUCUUCUCAACUGAGCUAGAAGAAGAAACCAUUCCAAUGAGUUUCCGCAAUCCUCUUGGUGACGUGAGAUGCCAUGAGCAAGGAAAUGCAGUCUUUCAAUGCACCCUCUAUGAUGCCUGCUUUGAUGCUGUGUGGUUACACAAAAAUUGCCGCCUGCAGCCAAGUGACAAAUAUGAUAUCUCUGUCUCAGAUGAUGGCCUGACUCACCGUCUGCUCAUCAAAAACACAGAGCUCUCUGACAAAGGGACUUACACUAUUGACGUAGGAAGCCGCUCUUCAAGUGCCUGGCUUGAGAUUGAAUCUGCCAAAGGAAAGAGAAAACAGGCUGAAAGUGACAGUGACAAAGCUGGAUGGAAGAACAAGCUGCUAGAAGAUGGUGCUAAAAAACUUCGUCAAGGAGAAGGACACGAAGACCAAGAUUCUCAUUCAGACUUCAGCAUGGGCAAAGAUGGCCAGUAUAGAGAUGGCCAAGAUGGCAGUGGAGAAUUUCAUGGUUUUUUGGGAAAAGAUGGAUCUCUGGAAAGAGAAGGGAAGAUGGGACAGUUUUCUGGAAUAAGAGGAAAUAUGGCAGAGGGGAAUCAGUUUUCUGGAUUUGCAGGGGACAGUAGUGGAGUCAUGGGAUUUGAUCAGAACUCUAUGUUACAUGGAAGUGGUGUUAGUGGCGGUCCUGGUGGUUUGGUUAGCAUGGGAGCAUUGACUGGUAAGGAUAAUAUGCUCGGUGGUAUACCUUCGGAUACUGUGUUUGGAACUGUAGGUGGACUGCAUGCUGUACAGGGACAAGGUUCCAUGCUGAAUGGAGCCAGUAUUGGUGGUUCGGCAGGUGGAACAGAUCUAGAAGGGUUUAAUUACAAUAAGGGAGUACUACAUGGGCCUGGUGUGAUGCUUGGUGAUGUUGGAGGUCUUCAUGAUAAGGAUGUUGCAGCUGGGCUGUAUGGCAAAGAUGGUGUGCUAAGUGGAGUAGGAGGUGGUGGAAUUGAAGGCAUAGCUGGGCUGCAUGGCCAAACUGGCUUGCUACAUGGAGCAGGUGCUGGUGGACCUGGUGGACCUGGAGGCAUAGCUGGGCUGUAUGGCAAAGAUGGUAUGCUAGGUGGAGCAGGUGCUGGUGGACCUGGAGGAGCAGGAUGUGCAGCUGGGCUAUAUGGCAAAGAUGGUAUGCUAGGUGGAGUAGGUGCUGGUGGAAUUGAAGGCAUAGCUGGGCUGUAUGGCCAAAAUGGCAUGCUAGGUGGAGCAAUGGCUGUUGGUCCUGGUGGAGCUGGAGGCAUAGCUGGGCUGUAUGGCAAAGAUGGUGUGCUAGGUGGACAAGGUGUUGGUGGACCUGGAGGUACUGGAGGGGUAGCUGGGCUGUAUGGCAAAGAUGGGAUGCUAAUUGGAGCAGGUGCUGGUGGACCUGGAGGUGUAGCUGGGCUGUAUGGCAAAGAUGGGGUGCUAGGUGGAGCAGGUGCUGGUGGACCUGGAGGAGCUGGAGGCAUAGCUGGGCUAUAUGGCAAAGAUGGUAUGCUAGGUGGAGCAGGUGCUGUUCGUCCUGGUGGAGCUGGAGGCGUAUCUGGGCUGUAUGGCAAAGAUGGCAUGCUAAUUGGAGCAGGUGCUGGUGAACCUGGAGGGGCUGGAGGAAUAGCUGGGCUGUAUGGCAUAGAUGGUAUACUAGGUGGAGCAGGUGCUGGUGGACCUGGAGGAGCUGGAGGCAUAUCUGGGCUGUAUGGCAAAGAUGGCACACUAAUUGGAGCAGGUGCUGGUGGACCUGGAGGUGCUAGAGGAGUAGCUGGGCUGUAUGACAAAGAUGGUGUGCUAAGUGGAGUAGGUACUGUUGGAGCUGGAGGCGUAUCUGGGCUGUAUGGCCAAAAUGGCAUGCUAGGUGGAGCCGGUGCUGUUGGUCCUGGUGGAGCUGGAGGUGUCUCUGGGCUGUAUGGCAAAGAUGGCACGCUAAUUGGAGCAGGUGCUGGUGGACCUGGAGGCGCUGUAGGAGUAGCUGGGCUGUAUGGCAUAGAUGGUAUGCUAAAUGGAGCAGGUGCUGGUGGAGCUGGAGGUGCAGGAGGAGUAGCUGGGCUGUAUGGCAAAGAUGGUAUGCUAGGUGGAGCAGGUGCUGGUGGAGCUGGAGGAGCUGGAGGUGUAGCUGGGCUGUAUGGCAAAGAUGGCAUGCUAAUUGGAGCAGGUGCUGGUGGACCUGGAGGUGCUGGAGGAGUAGCUGGACUGUAUGGCAAAGAUGGCAUGCUAAUUGGAGCAGGUGCUGGUGGACCUGGAGGUGCUGGAGGAGUAGCUGGGCUGUAUGGCAAAGAUGGUACGCUAAGUGGAGUAGGUGCUGGUGGACCUGGAGGAGCUGGGGGAGUAGCUGGGCUGUAUGGCAAAGAGGGUAUGCUAGGUGGAGCAGGUGCUGGUGGACCUGGAGGAGCUGGAGGCGUAGCUGGGCUGUAUGGCAAAGAUGGCAUGCUAAUUGGAGCAGGUGCUGGUGGACCUGGAGGAGCUGGAGGAAUAGCUGGGCUGUAUGGCAAAGAUGGCACACUAAAUGGAGCAGGUGCUGGUGGACCUGGAGGAGCUGGAGGAGAAGCUGGGCUGUAUGGUAAAGAUGGUAUGCUAGGUGGAGCAGGUGCUGGUGGACCUGGAGGAGCUGGAGGCAUAGCUGGGCUAUAUGGCAAAGAUGGUAUGCUAGGUGGAGCAGGUGCUGGAGGAGCUGGUGGCGGAGUUGGGCUGUAUGGCAAAGAUGGUACACUAGGUGGAGUAGGUGCUGGUGGACCUGGAGGAGCUGGAGGUAUAGCUGGGCUAUAUGGCAAAGAUGGUCUGCUAGGUGGAGCAGGUGCUGGUGGACCUGGAGGAGCUGGUGGUGGAGUUGGGCUGUAUGGCAAAGAUGGUACACUAGGUGGAGUAGGUGCUGGUGGACCUGGCGGAGCUGGAGGCAGAGCUGGGCUGUCUGGCAAAGAUGGUAUGCUAGAUGGAGAAGGUGCUGGUGGAACUGGAGGAGCUGGAGGUAUGGCUGGGCUAUAUGGCAAAGAUGGUAUGCUAGGUGGAGCAGGUGCUGGUGGACCUGGAGGAGCUGGAGGUGUAGCUGGGCUGUAUGGCAAAGAUGGCAUGCUAAUUGGAGCAGGUGCUGGUGGACCUGGAGGUGCUGGAGGAGUAGCUGGGCUGUAUGGCAAAGAUGGUACGCUAGGUGAAGUAGGUGCUGGUGGACCUGGCGGAGCUGGAGGCAGAGCUGGGUUGUAUGGCAAAGAUGGUAUGGUAGGUGGAGCAGGUGCUGGUGGACCUGGAGGAGCUGGAGGUGUAGCUGGGCUGUAUGGCAAAGAUGGUGCACUAGGUGGAGUAGGUUCUGGUGGAGCUGGAGGAGCUGGAGGCGUAGCUGGGCUGUAUGGCAAAGAUGGCACGCUAAUUGGACCAGGUGCUGGUGGACCUGGAAGAGCUGGAGGUGUAGCUGGGUUGUAUGGCAAAGAUGGUAUGCCAGGUGGAAUAGGUGUUGGUGGACCUGGAGAUGCUGGAAUUGCAGGUGGACUUCAUUGUAAAGAUGGUAUGUUACCUGGUACAGAUCAUUUUGGAGACAGUGGUGCUGGGGAUAUGCAAGGAUUAUAUACCAAGAAUGGUAUGCAAAGUUCAGCAGGCUUUGAUGGUGCUGGUAAUAUUAGUGGUCUUCAUGGCAAAGAUGGUAGGCCUGCUGGAGCUGGUAUUGUUGGAUUUGGUGAAGGAGUGAUAGGUGACCCCUAUGGUAUGGAGGGUAGACUAGGUGGUAUUGGUGCAGGAGUUAGCGGCAUUGACUGGUCACUCUCAGGUGUACCUGGUGAAGACUUCCAGAAUUACAAUCAGCUGUCUGGAGUCCAAGCUGGUGACAGAAGAAGACAGCUGUCUGACACUGAUGCCAGUGGACUUAUUUCUGCUGAUAUCUCAAGAACCAGAGACAGGAAAGGAAGAGGAGGAAGUCUACUUGAAGAGGAUAUGAGAGAACCACACUGCCGUUUCACAGAAGGUUUAUUUGAUAUCCAUGCUGAGAAAGGAAAAUCAGCUGUCUUAUCAUGCAGCCUCAACAAUGACCAGCUGGAGGGAACCUGGUUGAAAGAUGGCUUCGAGGUAACAGGACUAGAAGGCAUCUCUGUUGAAAAGAAUGGUGCAAUCCAUAAGCUGAUAAUAGAUGAAGUACAAGACAACCAUGCUGGAAAAUAUAAGUUUGAAACUGAAGGCAUCCACACAGAGGCAUCUCUUUUUGUUGAAGAACCCCCAAAUGUUGAUGCUUCUGUCCUGGAAAAACUGCAGAAGGAGCCUGUAGUGGUUAAAGCUGGAAAGAAUGCCAUGGUCAAGAUACCAUUUGAGGGCAAGAAGCCAAUCAGAGCUUCUUGGCUAAAAGAUGAUGGUGAACUUUUGGAUGAUGCCAGGAUCCACACUGACCAUUCAGAUAACUUCACCCGCCUUUCCAUAUCCAGCACCAAUCGUAAGGACUGUGGGGAUUACAAAGUGAAGCUAAAGAAUGACAGUGGAAGCCUGGAAGCUACUCUUAAGUUGGUAGUACUUGAUAAGCCACAACCACCUGUGGGUCCAAUAGAAGUUGUUGAUACAUCCACAAGUGGCAUCACUAUCCAGUGGAAGCCCCCAAAAGAUGAUGGGGGUAAGCCCGUGCAGAGGUAUAUUAUUGAGAGGCAGCAGGUUGGUAGAAAGACUUGGCUGACACUGGGCGAAACCAAUGGCAACAGCACUAUUUUCACCACCAGCAAAGUGGAGCAUGAUAAAAGCUACUACUUCAAAGUGAAAGCAGUGAAUGCUGAGGGAACCAGUGAGGCGCUGGAAUCAGAGGAAGUGAUGGCAGCUACCAAAGUUUUUCCAGGCCCUCCUGCUCCUCCCAAAAUUGUCAGUGCCAACAAGGAUGCCAUCACACUUUCCUGGGGGCCACCACAUAAAGCAGGCAACUCCCGAAUCUCAGGCUACAUUGUUGAAAAAUGCAAAAAGGGCAGCAACACUUGGACCCCUGUCAGUAACCUGCCCAUCACAGACAAAAAGUACACAGUGACUGAUCUGAAGGAGGGUCUGCAGUAUGAAUUCCGAGUGGCUGCUAUAAAUGCUGCAGGGGCAGGUGAAGCCAGUGUACCAUCAGAAGCCGUUUUUGCUCGGGAACCCAUGAAACCUCCAGGUCCAGUGAGGGAGCUCAAAGUGGUCAGUACUGAUUAUACCAGCAUUUCUUUGUCAUGGAAGAAACCAGAAUCAGAGGAAGAAAGUCAUGCAAAGGGGUAUAUUAUAGAAAUGCGACACUCUGACAUUCUAAAAUGGACCCAAUGCAACGCUCUCCCAAUAACAACGACUAGUUAUACUGUGAGAAAGCUAAAACCCAAGGAAAUGUAUUUCCUGCGUGUGAAAGCUGUCAAUGAUGGAGGUUCUAGUGACCCUGUUGAGCUAGACACUUACAUCCAAGCUGUACCUCCCUCUGUCUACCCUAAGCUCUUAAUAAAUGACACUAUGAAAAGCUUCAUGAUUGUCAAAGCUGGGGAUACCAUUCGUGUGCGUGUACCUUUUGAGGCUUCUCCAACUCCUGAAGUAAUUUGGCUGAGGGAUGGGCUUUCUCUGCCCUACAAAGCCACAAUUGCUACCAGAGAAGGCCUGACCCAAGUCAUAAUACCAGGAGCAGAAUAUUCGGACAGUGGCCUUUAUACCAUCACCCUCCAAACUGAGAGUGGGAAGAAAGAGACUUUCAGCUUUCUAGUCCAAGUCAUAGAUAUCCCAGAAUCCCCUGGUCCUAUUCAGCUUGUUGAGAAGGUCCCUGAUACAGUGACUCUGAUUUGGGAGCAUUCACCAACAGAGAAAAGAGGACACAACCUCUAUUACAUGGUCAUGAAACGUGAUACCAGCAAGGGAUCGUGGGAACUGGUAUCUGAUCUGAUUUAUACAAACAAGUGCACUGUUUCCAAUUUUAUCCCAGGGCGAGAAUAUUACUUCAGAGUUCUGGCAAAAAACUUCAUGGGAAUCAGUGACCCUUCCGAAACAGUACAGCCUUGGAGCGUUAACAAAGCAAAGGGUAAAUUUGAAGUCAGGCUUCCAAGAUACAAGGGGGUCAACCAAAGCCAGCCUCCACGAUUUCUUGUCCAACUGAAACCGCACAUUGUGACUUUAGGAUUUGAUUGUCACAUGAGCUGUGCAGUGACUGGAUAUCCAGUACCACAAGUAACUUGGUACAAGGAUGGCAAGAACCUCUCCCAGGAUCCUUCCUUUGUCACCAAGAAUGAUUUCGGGGUCUGCUCCCUUGUGAUCCCAGGAGUCACCCCAUCUGAUGAAGGAGAAUUCAAAGUGGUUGCCAGCAAUGCUCUAGGUCAAGCAGUCAGCAGAGCCACCGUCACUAUAAAAGCAUCUGCUCUUUAAUAUGGAUUCCUCUGUGCCAGAUUUGCAUGGCCAGCUGUAUGAUAAUGCUUCCUACUGGACCCACGUGGUAACUGAAAGAUGCAUAUUCAUUGUGGAAAAACAUCCUUAAGACUCUACUUGGUGCUGUGAGUGUGAUCAAAGUAGCCCCACCUUUUUUUACAAUUGUUAGUAAAAGGGAAGCCUUUAAAAGAAAAAAAAACAAUGCAUGCAUUUCUACUCAAUGGGCCAUUCAAGAACUGAAUGCUGGUCUCAUCUCACAUGGGGAGAUGGAGGUCGUGAUGGUGAAGAUGAUUUUGCAGUAUGGAAGAAUGGUUGAUGCAUAUGCACAGGACUGCAGUAUAUGUUUAAACAGAAAGGUGCUGUGUGAAAAGAAACCUGAAGCUGACCUAGCACAAUUUGGAUGUGAAAAGUUUUGCCCCUUCCCAUAUAAGUUAUCUUGGGCUGUUCAAUUUAUAUGUGUACUGGGGUGCAGACUAAGUGAUUUUGAUCUUGAAUACCAUCUUACAGAAGUUGUCUCAAGCUUUGGUUGGGUCAUACCUUACCCCAUGAUUUGAUGCAAAGUCACAGCAACCUUGUAAAGGAGGCUUGCGCCUUGACAUUUGGAUGGAAGGCCUUCUGGGAUACCUUGAAUGCCACAAAAGGGAUGCCUUGAAUGCCACAAAAGGUGAUGAAAAUGUAAUAAUUAAUCUCGCUUAAAUGAAAUAUUGAUUUAACAACAAAUCUUUGAGAGAAUAUUACCUAUGCUAUAUGUGCAGCAUUGGGGGCAAAUUCUUAACUGAGACUAAUUUUAUAACAGAAGUGAAAUUUUAAAGGAAGGGUGGGCUUUUCUGAUUUUUAAGCAUUUAUCUUUGCACUUACUGAACAGGGCACUACAUCCUAAUGACUUCUAAAAUGAGGUUCAUCUUCAAGACAAAUUAUAGGCUGUAUGUAUUUUCUAUGGAUGCCUGCCAAAAAAGAUGGCUGUGUUCUUUUUAAAAAAUAUUUGGUUUAAAAUCUCUUUAAAUAGGAUGAACGUAUGAGACAGACCCUACUUAAGAGUUCUGCAGGUCUCAGGAUGUCCUAACUACACCAGCAUCUGGAAAGCAAGGGACUGAACCUGGAACCUUGCCUGAUACAUGUGUUCUGCCUAUGAGCUAUAGCCCCCCCUCCUGUCUGCGCCCCUAAAUUCUUGCCAGUCUUCCAGGCAUGGUUGUGGUGGUUUUAAUGGAUUUAAUCUCAGAUAGGACAGUCGAGUGAAGUCACACUGCAUGAGUGAUGGGUAACCCAAAAAUAUGUAUGAUAUGAUGAGAAUCCAUGGGCACCACUGUAGAACUUCAGAGAUGAAUGAGCUGCUAAACAGUAGGAUUGGAUCAUGGAGAAAAGAGGGGGAAUUCAUUAAGGUCUCAGAAUCUUGCUCACUGGCUUGCAAGACACUGUUGUUUCCAAAGGAUUUCUUUUGUGCUUCAGCAACUCAAGAUAUUACAUGGUAAGAGACUAGCAGCACAAGAAGGCUUUAACUGGAGAUACAAAAGACUGAACUUGGGACAGACAAAAUAUGCACCGUAUAUCACAGAUCUAUGGUCUCACUUAGAGAGGCUUUGUGCGUGCACAUCAAUGCUUCUUCGCAAUUCGCUAUGCCUCUUCAGGUUUUCAUGAGGCAACCAGGUUGAGGCAUUUCAGCAACUAAUGUUCACCAGCAGAACAAUAAAAUGGAGUCCACAGAACUUAUAUUUAGAUGAGUUAAUGUUACAGAUCCUCAUGUUUCAGAUUGCAUGGCAAAUAACUACCUGAGGUGAAUCCCCAAGUUUUCCACUAGAGGGACUUUUCCUACAAAGCAAUAGAUAACAGUUCUUUGCCAAGGCCAGACGCUGCAGUGGUGAUGAAGCCUCUGAGGUCUUGAUUUUGUAUCUGUCAUGUAAAAAGCUGAUGAAGCAGGGAAGUGGUUGCUUCCUGCUAUUUAUUUAUUUUUUAUGAGAAAAAGGAGUAAAGUGCAUAAAUAAAUUAAAAGCUUUCAUCAAAAGCAUUAUACACACAAAUCCAGACAUAGAACUGCUCUCUGGUAAAUCUGAGAGAGUUGAAACAUCCAUGUUCAGUUUUUGUAUUACUGGUGAAACAUCCAAAUGGUUUUUUGUAUUACAUCAUUGGGAAUGCCAAAACUGACUUCAAUAAAUUUGCUGUGAAAAAAAAA